AUGCAGAAUAUCGACAUCCCAGCGCUCAGAAAGCUACAGGUCCAUGCAUUUUCAGACAAAAGACAACCGCUCAUGGUGCCGCUACCAAAGAAACAACAAAUCGGUACGUUAUCCAACCUCUCCCUAUACGAGUUUGAAGGAUCCCACGAAAACACAGUCCGCCUCAUCCAGUGGCCGAAGGAACUCGUGCAUUUCCACUUCGGCCGCCUUUACACAAAAUCCUACUACCUGGACUUGCCCCGCUUCCACUCCAUGCUCUUGGUGCACAAGGAGACCCUAAAAACCGUCGAUAUCAGCUAUCCGUCCCCGGAAGGCAGAGGCCGGCUAUUUAUUGCGUCUGACUUUCCACACCUAGAGACCUUGAGGCUUUCAAGGUGGCAGAUGGACAGGGAUUUGGUCUUUUCACGCGAGGAUGCCGAUGCACUGCUCGCUUCAAACCUCCAGACUUUCGGGUGGGAUUUCGGUAUAUAUGACCAGCACUCCGAAUCCUGGACCGACUUUGGAACCAAGGAAGCAGAGUGGCUGAGAGCGUUGGCGAAAGCUGCCGCUGCAAGGAAGGCGGCGCUGAAAAGGAUCGAGAUCACAUAUAACCCAGAUCCAUGCUAUGCGCAGACAGAGGGGGAUGGCUAUCCGUGGGAUCGAAUGGAUAGGCUCCGUGACGAGAUCCGGCCAUAUGGAAUUGCGCUGGAAUAUAGCGAGCCUUCUCUUUCGAGGGAAGACUGGUUGGAGGCGGUGGCCCCAAAGCCUGUCUUCAAGGAACGACGGAUCACGCACUAUUUCACCCCAAAACGCAGAAGGUGCCAACACUGA